AUGACGGAGGAGGAGGAGGAGGCGGAGUUCUGCCUCGCGGCGCUCUAUAUAAGCCACCAGUGGCAGCGGCUGCGCGGUGACUCUGACCUUCAGUCUGUGGGCACCAGCACCAUGGCGCCCUCCAGAAAGUUCUUCGUCGGGGGAAACUGGAAGAUGAACGGGCGGAAGAAGGGGCUGGGGGAGCUCAUCACCAACCUGAACGCGGCCAAGCUGCCGGCCGAUACCGAGGUGGUCUGUGCGCCCCCUACUGCCUACAUCGACUUCGCCCGGCAGAAGCUCGAUGCCAAGAUUGCCGUGGCUGCGCAGAACUGCUACAAAGUGACCAACGGGGCCUUCACUGGGGAGAUCAGCCCUGGCAUGAUCAAAGACUGUGGAGCCACCUGGGUAAUCCUGGGCCACUCAGAGAGAAGGCAUGUCUUUGGAGAAUCAGAUGAGCUCAUUGGGCUGAAAGUGGCCCAUGCCCUGGCAGAGGGCCUUGGAGUAAUCGCCUGCAUCGGGGAGAAGCUGGAUGAAAGGGAAGCUGGCAUCACAGAGAAGGUCGUUUUCGGGCAGACCAAGGUCAUUGCAGAUAACGUGACCGACUGGAGCAAGGUUGUCUUGGCUUAUGAACCCGUGUGGGCCAUUGGUACCGGCAAGACUGCAACACCCCAACAGGCCCAGGAAGCCCAUGAGAAGCUGCGCGGAUGGCUCAAGUCCAACGUGUCUGAUGCAGUGGCUCAAAGCACCCGCAUCAUUUAUGGAGGUUCUGUGACAGGGGCCACCUGCAAGGAACUGGCCAGCCAGCCUGACGUGGAUGGCUUCCUGGUUGGUGGCGCUUCCCUCAAGCCCGAAUUUGUGGAUAUCAUCAAUGCCAAACAAUAAGCCCCUUCCUUCCAUCUCCCUGGCCCCCUUCCUGCCGAGUCAGAGACUAGGCAGCCCAGAAGCCCAUCAACUGCCACCCCGCCACAUGCUUCUGAUGAUGUCACCUGCCCCCCUAUCGUGGCCUAAUCCAAACUGUACUGUGUGCACCUUCCCCUGUCAUGGUUGGGACCAGGCCAAUCACUUCACCCAGGACUAUAAUGGUUGGAACCUUACAUGUCACCAAGGUGGCUUCUUGUAAGAUGAGAGGUGGAAGGGGUGUUGGGGCUUGCCCCUGGGUGCCCUUAGCCUCAGUCCCCAGUGAAGGCAGGAGAGAGAAAGCACCCUCCUUUUCCCCUCCCGCAUAUCUUGAGGUCAGCAGCUGAGGUCCUGUCUGCCCCUCGGGGCCCAGGGGUGCUACCGUCUCCCAUGAUUCCAUUGCCUGUGUCGUGUGUGAGCUGUCGCAGUUGUGGGGGAAAUAAAUAUCUGGCACUAUG